CGGCCAAGUAAGAGCAACUGCGCUGUCUUGGAAGUGUGUGCUCGACCCAAAUGUCUGACCUCCACUGUUCAUGCAUGAGUCUAGGAAAUCAAUUUAUCCACCUUAAUAAGUGAAUGAGUACAACUCAGAUCCGGAUUCCGGAUGCUCUACUUGGGAGUCAUCUUCGAUUCGGCUGGCUUGAAAGACACAAAAGUUGUUCGAUUAGAAGCAAGAUCGGACAUUCGGACAGUGAGCAGGCAGCAUUGCAAUCUUUUAUCUUUAUCUUUGGAUCCUGCAGGUGGCAUGCUACAAGCAGCAAGCAAAGAAUUGAUUUCUUUCUUUAGUGAAAGCAAAAGGUAAUCCUUUCAAUGAAAGAGAAAACAAAAGCAAAGGUAAGGAUCCUGCCUCUUGGUCUUUUUCUACUGAAGGCAUUUGUGCACACAUACAAGCACAUGCCACCCCAAAUACUUCGCCACAGAGUGUAGCAUGUCCCCUUUUUUUGCUCUCCAAUUAGACCUUGUUACAGUUGCACCUGAACGAUCUAUUUGCCUUCUCUCUGGCUACUUGCUCUCGACAUAGUACAAAUUAUUCAACUUAACCAAGGUAUGAAACUAGGUCACCUCGCACCUGCUCUAAAUCUGCCUUCCUGCUUCUCCAGAUUUAUAUAUGCUAACUUUAUUUAUCUCUCCUGUUUGUAUACCAGGAAAUUAAGCAGUAAUCGAUUACUGGUGGAUGGCUUAAUCUGGAUAUUGUUAACGAGCUGACUGAUUGAUCAUAAGCCUGAAAUGGAAUCUAGAGGCUAGAGAUUGACAUAUCUUAGUAACUUAUCAUGCGUACAGAGGUUAUCAGUGCAGACACCAUUGAUGAGUCCGUCGAAAAAAUUCUCGUUGAACUUGGGGCAGACAGUACAAGCAACAGGGAGAAUGCCAUCUACUUUGAUGGCUGGGAUGGGCUUGGGGCGUCUGCCGUCCUGCAAGCCAUAGCCGAACGCCUCACAAUAUCAAAUGAGCUGUCAACAAGGCCCACGGGGCUGGAGUUUGAGAAAAUCAUCCACAUCGACUGCUCAAAGUGGGAGAGCAGAAGAGCCAUGCAGAGGGAAAUUGCAGUGCAGCUGAAGCUUCCCAAUUGGGUGAUGGAGAUGUUUGACAAACAAGAUGCGGAGGAUGAUUUCAAUGGGCUAGACCAGGGCUCCCGCGGUGAGAUAGCACAAGUUGUCACAGAGAUCUACCAUACCAUACAGAAUUGCAGAUUCCUAGUGAUCCUGCACAAUGGAAGCAAUGAGGAGAUUGAUUUAUUCGAUUUUGGUCCCUCUCUAUAUGGAUAUGCGAAUAGCAAGAUGCUGUGGACAUUCCAAGGGAGGUUUCGGCUUGACCCUAAGAGGACAGAUAUCGUGAAGAAGGGCAGAACAACAUAUGUUCUCCUUUCAGCUUCAAGACGUUGGCGAGAUCCACAGGAGCUUUGGUCAUAUCUAGUGCAUCAUGAGGCAGCACAAGUUUCCUGCAAUAAGCAUGGCCGUCACAUCAUCGAUCCGGCUAUAGCCGCUGAGUGUGUCUUGUAUAUGCUGAAACAGUGCUCCAUCGGCUCUCAAACUGUUGACUACGACUGGGCUAUCCACACCAGUAACUACUGGGUCUGCGAGGGGAUCAUCGCACUGACAAGCAUUGACAAAGCAUGGCAAGUUGGAGAUUUUCUGCAGCACGGGUUGCAGUUGUUGGACGUUAACAACCAGCUUAGUAACGAUGAGUCAAUAAUAAUGCCUUCGUUUCACCUGGCAAGGUCUACCGAGCGCAUGCCGUACUGGAUUUCCACAACUUGUGGAUUUGUGCUGAGCCCCUCUGGUGCUAUCCCCGACAGCAUGUUUCAGUACUCGCACAGGCUUGGCGUGCUCACGCUCUCAAAGUGUACCUUCAGUUUCUCAUCGCCUCCAUUCCUCUGUUGCCAGAGUCUGAGAUUCUUGUGGCUUGAUCGCUGCCAAGACCUCCUAACAAGAAGCAGCACCACUGAUCAUCACCAGCCAGAUGCAAACAAGGAGGAGGAGUUGGGCAAAAGCAGCACGACAUCAUGGGAGUGCUUCCAUAGCUUGUGGGUGCUUGAUCUGCGCUACACAGAUUGGGAUCAGAUCCUGUCAGCACAGGUGAUGGAUUUCAUGACCCAGGUCAGGGAGCUAAACGUGAUGGGAGCCAAGAACUGGGACAUGAGCCAUUUACGGGGACGGCUGCGUAACAUUCGCAAGCUCCGGGUAACAAAGUCCACCUGCUGCUUCACCAACAACGUGUUCUCUGAGAUGGAUGGCUUGGAGCUUCUUGAUUUUUCGGGAAAUACUAUCAGCCAAGGCAUGACAAGCUUAUCUGGGUCAACAAGCAACAGUAGCCUUGAGACUGUCAUUAUUGAUGGGUUCAAUGGGUUAAAAAUUAUCUCUUUGAGGGGCUGCAAAGUACUGAGGAACCUGUUGUUCAAAGGAUUGUUUGAGAGUCUUGUGGAGCUGGACCUCUCAGGCACAAAAGUCAAAACCCUCAACCUCAGAGAAGUGAGAGCCAGCUCACUCCCCAAGCGGAUCAUGCUGCUUGGUUGCGAGAAGCUAUGUGCAAUAUAGCCAAGAAUUGGCACAUGAGUCACUUACGGGGACGACUGCGUAACAUUUGCAAGCUCCGGGUAAGAAAGUCAACCUGCUGCUUCAACAACAACGUGUUCUCAGAGAUGGAAAGCUUGGAGCUUCUUGAUUUCUCGGGAAAUACCAUCAGCCAAGGCAUGACAAGCUUAUCUGGGGCAGCAAGCAACGUUCGUCUAGAGACUGCCAUCAUUGAUGGAUAUGAUGGGUUAAAAGUGAUCUCUUUUAGGGGCUGCAAAGAAUUGAGUAACAUGUUCUUCAAAGGAUUGUUUGAGAGUCUCGAGGAGCUAGACCUCUCUGGCACAAAAAUAAAAACCAUCAACCUCAGAGAAUUGGAAGUCGGCAAACUCCCCCGGAUCAUCCUGCUUGGCUGCGAGAAGCUAUGUGCAAUAUUGUGGCCCGAUAUGGUAGAAAGGCUAGGAUGUCGUGGUUUGCUACGUAUAGACACUACCUCCUCAACAUCAGCUGACGGAGGGGAAGCACCACAUUUUACAUCCUGCCGGAGGGCAAGGAAAAUUUGAGCAUGGAUGGCAGAUUUCUCUUGCAGAUACAAGGCUCCUUAGGUCACUUUCUCCUGUAGCAAGUUACUUAAAAAAGGCAUCAGUACAUAUUGAUAUCAGUUCUGCAGCCGCUGUUGGUGGUAGCAAUGUCCAAGGAACAAGCAGCGACAAACUAGUGCAAGUCCAACCACAUACAAGCACCAUAAUGGACUCCAAGUACAGAGAUGUCUUGAAGCAUGACCCUGUUGCAGCAACGAUGAUGUGGGACAUGCCCCGAGAUAUAUGCGUGGUCAGCCGAGAAGAAAUGUAUCAUAAAGGUGGUCAUGCAUUUCGGGCAGGGCAACAAACUGUUGGGGGAUACUCCAACUGCUAGUAUUAGUGCUUUACUGUUGCCUGAUUUAAUAUGUGACCUUGCUACAUCACUGCAUGUGUACAAUAACUCUUCCAUCACCAGUAUCCUUGUACCACCCCAUAGAUCAUCAGGAUGGAAAUUGCUAGGUUGGUGCCGGGUGGAGAGGUGCCCCGAGUUACACAACAGUCUUCACUAUUCCUCAGGGCAGUCGACGUCGUGUGUAUGUGUACGGUUUUUAUUCUCUGCAGACAUUCUGGGCCUCCCAGCUCCUGACGGCCUGCUACAUCUGGGACUGGACAAUUUUUCCGACAUUUCAUGCCUUUCCACACCUCAAGUUCUUGCACCUGGACUACUGCCCGAGGCUCAUACAUGUGCUCCCCAUACAUAAAAGCCCCUUGUCUGGACUAGAGACUCUUGAGAUAGUGUACUGCAGUGAUCUCAGGGAGGUAUUCCCAUUGAGCCCUGAGCUUCAAGAUCAGGAUAAAAUUAUAAAAUUCCCUGAGCUAAGGCACAUCCACCUGCACGAGCUCCCCACGCUGCAGCGCAUCUGUGGGCGCAGGAUGUGGGUGCCUAAACUCGAGACCAUCAAGAUCAGGGGCUGCUGGAGCCUCAGGUGUCUGCCGGCCAUCGGACGUGACACCGAGCCGCCCAAGGUGGACUGCGAGAAGGAACGGUGGGACAACCUGGAGUGGGACGGGAUGGAGCAGUACCACCACCCUUUCCUCUACAAGCGGAGGCACUCAAACCACUACAAGGCAAAGCUACCCAGAGGCAGCGUACUCAGAUCAAAACCCAACAUAAUACUGUAUGCAUAAAUGAUGAAGAUGGUGACUUUGUGUGUGAUUUUUUUGGGUCUGCUCUAGUCGGAAUGAUUAUUUGAUAAAUUUUAGAUGAAAGUAUUCACAACAGAUGACCAUGUUUGCUCCAAGGAACUGCUCCUGCAGAUUCCGGAGAGAAUUCAUCUUGUUUCGUUUGGACAAGGGAUGCUGUUUCGUUCCAUGUUAGUUUUAAACUUAUGUGUGUUAUUGUCACUAGUUUGGCCUUCAUGUGCAUCCUGACUAGCAUUUCCUUUGCCCAGAUGUAUGAGGUCCAUGCAAGCAAUAAAUUAUUGCCACUC